UGCCGGCAUCCAGACCACUGAACUCCAGAGACCAACAAGUGAGACCACAGAACCCCUCAGACCAGCGAGACCACAUUACUUCACGCACUAGCGAGACCACUAACAGGCGAUAAAACAACACAUCUCGUACCAUCAAGGAAAAAAAGUCUUAAAGUCGAGUGAGUUUUUCUCACUUUCCGACCAACGAUAAGACUGUGUGGGGGAGUAAACAUGUGGCUUACUCCUUGCCUUCCUCUACACUUAUGAUCAGGUGUGUGGGGGUCAAGGCUUCACAGAAACUAAGUGUUAAGCUUUCAAACACGUGUGUUGUGUGUGUGGCCAGUUUCAGAACACCGAAUGCGUAGGUAGAGCCAAGAGAACACCACAGAGGCGCUAUACACUGUGUUAGAAAGACAGUUGCGUAGCAUGAACGAUUUGCAAUCAGUGUUGGAAGAACAGGUGUGUGAUAGCAGUUGUGGAAAAGAAGUUAUAUCAGCGUGACGACCGCACGUGUGGCAUAUUGCCGGUAACGGAAGUGCCUCUCUCUUUCCACUUUCGUGAAAAAGUGUAACAUUUUCUCCUACGUGAAGUGUGUAUGGAGAACUUCAAGAGGUAGUCACGUGAUGCAGCUGUCUUGUCAAGCUUGACACUCUUAUUUAUCACAGUGUGAGGGUAAUAUUUCUUAGUGUGACUAGUGUGCUGCUCAGAAAAUAAAACCUGUCUCGUUUAUGCUUUCGGAAAUUUGCUAGAUGUUAUACCUACUUGAAAAAAAAAAGUGUUGCUUAUCCUGACUGGGAAAAGUGGAACGUUAGAGCUGCCUGAAGAAGCAGGAAGUAAAUGCUGCCUGAAAGACUGGAGCUUUAUUGCUGCCUGAAAAAAGCGACAUUCUUGCUACUUACAGACGGAUUAGCGCUACUAAUUGCCACUUGACAGUGUUGCAUCAGAUUAACAAUAGUUGUGACUUCUACUUACAGAAAUUAGUUCUCAUUGUUAUUGAUAUGUAGAAACCUGACGUGUAAUGAUACUUGACGUAUAUCUACGUAGCCUCUGCUUGAAAACCUGUUACUUUAAUGUUCCCUAAGUGAGGAUAUAUUUCUACUACCGGCGGGGUACAGGCACGACCCCCAACAAUUGAAACUGUGAAGGAUCUGUUACAAGACUAAGUGUAAUACUGCUGCUACCUCACGCUCCAGAGAGGUCCUACUGCAGAAGGUCAACAUCGACAGAGUGAUCCAGGUGGUGUGGAGGAGCCAGCUUCUCAGCAUGAAGACGGUGGUGAUGGUGAUGGUGGUGGUGGUGAUGGUGGUGCCAGGGAUCGAGGCUGGCACUAGAUGGAUUCCAGCGGCACCCAGGAGAAGGACUGCAGGGGUGGGUUGCUGGCACCCGGCUGGUGUGAUGGACCUGGGCCAGCGUGUCUACCUGCCUGGGUGUCGUCGCAUCGUCUGUAAGAUCUUCGCUGGACGACCCAUUCUGGAGGAGCAGUUCUGCGACGCCCUGCCGGAGAAGCGACCCUCGACCUGCGUCAUCAAACACCGUCCACAUAAGCGUCAUCCAGACUGCUGUCCUAAGGUCAUCUGUGCUCCCAGGGCUCCGAAUCUCAUCGGCGGGAAGCCCGCAGUUCCCCAGGUGUCUCCUGAGAGGCGCUAUCACCGGGUCCCCAGCGUCAGUGAAGUUCAAGACACCCGUGGUAUCAUCAACAAGCCAGCAUUCAAAUCGGAGACUUACGAGAGCGUUCUUGGAUACCCAAACAAAUCUUAUAGACCGGUCUCUGUAGCAGUGACCUCUCCGUCCUUCAUCACUUCAGAGAUUAUCUACGGGAAGGGCUACUCCGAUCCUUGGGAUGGAGGGCUUCAGCUGUCGACAGAAACCAUUCCCCAUCAGGUACAUGAAAACCAUCGUUACGAGGACCCUGCACUGUUGGACCAAGGUCUUCAGAUAUCGACAACGAGUAUUUCUCCCCAGGUACACGAAAAUUAUCGUCAUGAAGAGCCUCCACUGUGGGGUGAAAGCUCGUCUUUUGCGCUAGAUCCGCUCAGUAAUAACAUUAGUGUUCUGGAAGCUAGCGAUAGCGUGCCUGCAUAUAGGCAGGGUAUUGGGAGCGAUCUUUUGGACGAGAUCGAGCAAGGAGAAGUCAAGUCUUACCUCACCACACCAGCUCCACAGGACUUCCACAGCACAACGCAACAAACUGGUAUCUCUUACUGGCAUUUCACAGAGGCUAAUGAUGUAAGAACAUCGCCUCAUCCUUUCCGGGAUUACUCAGAUUUAUUGCCAAUAUCAAAACUAUUUUCCACAUCUCGCUUCCCGACGAGAAACCCGGAAACCACACCUACAACUGACCCAGCUCUUGGAAGAUUGUCUAACAGCUACACUCCGUGGAGACCAAUAACUAGGAUAGAAACUGCUUAUCCGUACACUAAGAAAAAAAAGACCACUCUCACCACCCCGAACUGGGGCUGGACUUCAGAAACAAUGGAUGAAACUAUUCAAUCCUUGUCAACAAGAAUAUCCGAAUAUUUUUCUACGAAGAAUCUCGAUCAUCAGACAACACCAGUCUAUCCAAGCACACGGAGUGAGCAGAAAAAAACUUAUAUCUCUACGAAGCCAACGAGUCAAUUCAGAGCCACUUCUCCAGCUUACAAUGUCUACACGAGAACAAGCAGACAGCCUACACAUCACGUCACCAAGAGGCCAGGAGCCAACAAGAUCCCCACACCAAGACCCAACGUAGAGUUCACCAGAACUACUCCGGCUUCGUACGAGUUCGCAACGCCUAAGUUGAACCCGGCUAAACACGACAUUCACGAGUUUAUCCUGACGCCGCUGGAUCCCUCUGAGCUGAUCCCUGGACACGACGUAUACGUUCAAGCAAAAUACGACGCGAUGAGGGAGUAUUUUGGUUCAGAAGAAAAGUUGCACUCGAAGAAAAACAGGCGCUCUCUUCCAUACACAGAGACUACAUUACCCUACGAGUACUCCACUACAGCACUUCCAAGGCAAGCAACAACGCACUUCGAGGACUCCACUACAGCACCGCCAGAGCAACCAGAGACCUCCACUUCAACAAGCAUUACCGAAGUACCAACAACCGUAAGGCAGAAAAGAGGCCGACCUGUGUUUUAUAUUCCUUGGAGAGAAAACUUAGUUUCCCAAUCCACAACGCCGUCCAGUAAUGCAGAAAAUAGUGAAAACGAAGAUUCACAAGGGUUUCGAGAACUCUCCCAAGCAUAUACCUUCAAGACACCCAUACCAGUCGUCCAGUACACGAACUCUCGACAAUAUACGAAUGUUGACUCGGAUACAUCAAAACCUUAUUACAACAGUAGCAAGGUAUCUGCACCAAGUGAUAAACAGAAUUUCUAUUUCGAUCAGAUGUCGAAAGAAACCAAAGAAAACGUAACUGAAACUGAUUUGCAUUACGAAACUGAUGAUGAACUAAAGAGUUCUGAAGAUUAUGGUGUGUUACUUGAAGAACUGACGACAACACCUGCUACGACACUUGCUACUUUGAGUCCCACCACGGAGCAAACUGCUUUCCUACCAGAACACCCACAACACAGGCUUAAGAAAACUACCCCCCUUCCCGAACACCUGCAACACAAAGUCACGGAACAAGCUACUUUCCAACCAGAAUAUCCGCAACACCGACUUAGGGAGCAAACUAAUCCCCUCCCAGAAGACCUGCAACACACGUUCACUGCAGCCACAAUACAACUCGACACCACAGAUGCUUUUCAACCCGAUGAUAGAGAGUUAGGUAAUGACCCUAGAGAGGCUGAUGAGGAUGAUAAUGUUUCCACAUCAGAUGCUGAUGCUCAGAAGCCACAGAGGAAAAUAGUCUGGUCACCUCCGCCGUUCAGGCCAAGUCAAAGGCAAAACCCAAGUACUGAGAUUACUAAGACACAUAUACAGGAGUCGCUUUACAGCAGUCUUCCCGAGAAAGAAUACAUGGGCCUUCUACUAUAUGAACCAAGAAAGGAAGAGAGGAAUCCGGCCUCUGAUAAGUCUAACGCAUAUGAAGCAAGAACUGAGGGAGGAAGCGAGUUUGAGGUAGGUGUGGUGACGGUAAGGACACCUCCAACGGAUCCCUUGCCGGAGAGGGAGGAUGAGGGAAGUAGCGGAGCCAUCACAAGUCACAAACUGAUGAUUGCGGACACGAAAACGAGGGUAGAAACAAAGCAGAGCGAGUCAAAGGUACUCGAGAAAGAUAUCACAACGGAAUACCGUCCAAACAAAAUUAUUUCUGAGACUUUCAGUAGCCCGUUUAAUAUAAACUCCAGGUUAUAUGCAACACCCGCUAACACAUUCCCCAGUGCUGAGGAGGUCGAGGACUUCUAUAAUGAGGCGGGGAAAGAUGAAAAUAAAAACAUUACCGAUUUAAUGACAUUUGAGAAAAUAAAAGAUACACAAAAUGAACACAAGUUGGGACUUGACUUGAAGUUUCAGGGACAGCAAGAGAUGGCAGACACCAAGAAGGACUACUCCCUAGCAACACCUUCAGGGCAAAAUGAGGCUUCUAGCUCCUUCCAAAAACGAGAGAAUACUGAUAUACCUCAUACAAACAGACCCAUGAACAUUGCCACACUUCCAUUAAAAAAUUGGUAUGGCGCUGACUACAAUGAUUUUUCUCAAGAAGAUGUGGCAAUUGAUUUAAGUAAUAAUGACGAGAGGGAUGAAGGUUUUCCACCUAAAACUAGACUUCACUCCAUGUUGAAACUAUCAAAGCCUUCGGAACCCACCGCGAUAGAUGAUGGGAUGAUUGCUCCUCCUUUCCCUGACGGUCAACUCUCCUCUUCACUCUCACCCACAAAGGAAAUUGAGAAGACUCCGCGAGAAUCCACGACAAAUUACCCCAAGAGAAGAUCGUCCCUCAUUGCCUCUCGCACAUUCCAACCCAAGUCUAAUUUACAUACCCCCUCUAGCCCGUUAUCUAACACAACUACGGCUAACACAGCAAAAACAAAAUCCAGAUUCAGGCCGGCUAAGCGGCCGUCCCAGCUUCGUGGCCCCCAUACACAACCCUCAUCCAUCAUCUCACGAAAAGAAACUUUAAUUCACGCUGCUCAACCUAGCAGAAAACUUUCCAAUUCUCGACUUGGACAACAAAAUCGCGCCUCAUCUUCUCCAGAGCAGUCAUUAAUAGCGGAAGCAGCUAAUACUCAGGAGGAAACCAUUAGACUCAAAUCCAGAGAUCGACUUCCACCUGGAACUUUCACCCGCAAGGAGACCACAUCUCGCACAAGAGGGAGGCGACCCACCCAGGCUCGACGACUCUCAAGGGUGACGACACCUGUGGAUCCUUUACCAGAGCCUCGGAAAAGUACGGAGCCCCAAACUACCACAAACUACAAAGCCACAGUAAUGCCCCAGGCGAAAACGGAGCCUUACACUACCGUAAUGCCCCUGACCCCCGCUGGACCUCGGAUAAACAAGGAACCUCAGCAGGCAAGUAACAACUCAGAAGCAGAAGCGGAAUCAUUGCAAAUCCCCGUCAAGCCGCGUCGAAUCACAAGCUUUACCUACAAGACCAUGAUCCACGGACUGCCUCGCAGUGAGCCAGACCUGAGGGAGGCCAAUGUGUUCAGCACACACUCGGCUCUACCAGUAAUUUCUUCUGUCCGUGAGGCUUCGGUCUCCGUUGAGCUUCCAGACAGCUUCCUGGAACACUCGAUCCCAACCACUAGUGAGGUUCCAGUCAACACAGAGGAGCCUGAGACAGGUGUUUCUCCCCAGGUGACUCGCUCGCCUUGGGAACCGCUACGAGAGGAGUGAUGGAGACAGCUGUGUGUGUGUGUGUGUGUGUGUGUGUGUAUGGCUGUGUGUGGCUGUGUGUGUGUGUGUAACGCUGAUCUCUUUGUCUGUGAUGCUGUCCUCUCAGUAUAUAAAUAUGCUGGCCUCUCGGUGUAUAUAUGUGAUGCUGGCCUCUCGGUGUAUAUAUGUGAUGCUGACAUCUCAAUGUAUACGUGUGAUGCUGGCC